AUGGCAGAUGCUGAGAGCAACCACAAGCGUGACUCGAGCUCCGACAGCUCGAGCACCAAGCUGGAUGAUACCCAUGCCCAGGACUUCGCCCAAACGGGCUUCCAGCCCAUCGCCAUCAGUCACACCAGGACCACAUCACACCCCACCGGAGAGGAUCUUGUCAACCUUCCUUCCCGUACCUUGAGCCAUGAUGCCAACCUGGAAGAAUACACCCAGGAGACCAAUUCAGGACACAUUCUCAAGACCGUCAAGUCCAACAAGACGGGAAACUUCGAGCGCUAUGAGCUGGUUACGUGGAAGAUCAACGACCCCGAGAACCCCAAGAACUGGAGCAAGGCGUACAAGUGGUGGUGCACCAUGUGUGUCGCAUUUACCUGUUUCGUCGUUGCAUUGAACAGUUCGGUCAUUACCGCCGAUAUUGAGGGUCCGGCAAAGGAGUUCGGUGCCUCGAGAGAAGUAUCCCUCCUAGCUAUCACCCUUUUCGUUGUCGGCUUCGGUAUCGGCCCCAUGGCUUUCGCUCCCCUUAGUGAGGUCGUCGGCAGGAGGCCAAUCUACGCCUCUACCUUGCUCGUUGCCUUCCUAUUCGUUCUGCCCGGUGCUCUUUCGAAGAACAUGGCAACUCUCCUUGUUGGCCGAGCCAUCGACGGAAUCGCCUUCAGCGCCCCCAUGACCUUGGUCGGUGGUACACUUGCGGAUCUGUGGAAGAAUGAAGAGAGAGGUGUUCCGAUGGCAGCCUUCAGUGCCGCACCAUUCGUUGGCCCCGCAAUCGGCCCCUUGAUUGGCGGUUUCCUUUCUGACAACCUCGGCUGGAGAUGGCUAUACUGGAUUCAGUUGAUCCUCUCCGGCGUAGCUUGGAUCCUCAUUACGUUCACUGUGCCCGAAACCUACACGCCCAGCCUGCUUUCCAAGCGUGCGAAGAAAAUGAGGAAGGAGACUGGCGAUGACAAAUACGUCACUGAAGAGGAUCUGGACAAGCGCUCGUUCACUGAACGCAUGUCCAUCUUCUUGCUCCGCCCAUUCCAACUAUUGUUCCUCGAGCCCAUUGUGUUCUUCAUCUCUCUCUACAUGAGUGUCUUGUACGGAUUACUGUACAUGUUCUUCGUUGCAUACCCAAUCGUCUUCCAAUCGGGCAAGGGCUACAGUGCGUCGACCACCGGUCUUAUGUUCAUUCCUCUUGCUAUUGGUGUCAUUGCUAGCGCUGUGUGCUCUCCGCUCGUCAACAAGCACUACCUCUAUCUCUCCGCCAAGCACGACGGCAAGCCCCCGGCCGAGGCCCGCUUGUGGCCGAUGAUGAUGUCUUGUUGGCUCAUUCCAAUUGGACUGUUCAUCUUCGCCUGGACCUCGUAUCCCCGCAUCAGCUGGUGGGGCCCGGCAAUGGGCGGCUUCCCCGUCGGCUUCGGUUUCAUUUUCUUGUACAACGCCGCCAACAACUACCUCGUCGACUCGUACCAGCACCAAGCCGCCUCUGCGCUGGCUUCCAAGACUUUCAUCCGGUCAUUCUGGGGCGCGGCUGUCGUUCUGUUCACGGAACAGAUGUACGACCGCCUAGGAUACCAGUGGGCGUCGACGCUUCUGGCGUUCAUCGGUCUCGCUUGCUGCGCUAUCCCCUUUGUUUUCUUCUUCAAGGGCGCCGCCAUCCGCCGCCAUUCGAAGUUCGCGUACAGCGGAGACGACGCGGAAAACCAGAACGAGAAGGGUGCGGCCGUCGACAUUGCUCAUUAA